AUGGAGGUGGAGAAGCGGACGCCGGGGGACGAGGGCGAGCGGCCGGCAACGUCCUUGCCUUUAGCGAUGGACGGGGACGAGUUCUGGAGGACCGCUAGCAGGCGCCUCACAUGGCUGCACGGAAAUGGGUGUGGGUGUGGAAGCAUGAAGGAAGAAGGCGGAGGCGACGUACCAGAUGAGCGGAAGAUUGUCUUCCAGGCGGCGCGCUCCUUGGGGAGGUGGACGGGAGAAAAGGCGAGUGGGCAGUCUGGCGGGCAGCGCGAGGUCGCUUUGCGGCAUCAAAACAAUCGCCGUCUCUUGGAUCACUUCUCCGGUACGCCCGGCCCCCGUCCCGCAUCUGAGACCCUCAAGCUCCAGAUCACGUACUGUGCCGUCGACCUCCACCUUGCGUGGUCCUCCCGGGCAGUGAUCGCUCGGCUCGCCAAGACGCUUUGCGACUGGGAGCGCUACCCAGCGUUGCGAACCGUGCGCGUGCGCGCACUCCUCCCUCAGCCUCUGGCGGAUCCGGAGAACCAGGGAACUUCGAGAAACGAGGGCGAGGGCGAGGGCGAGAGUGAAGAGGAGAGGAUCGAGUGGCUGAAGCAAGAUUCUGUGACAGGGGCUGAGGGCGAAGGCAAGUUCAGUGUGACAUUGGGAACAGCCGCAUCCCCCGCCAUCCCCACCGCGUCCGGGGAUACCGUCUCGUUCGACUGCCUCGACGCCUCCAGCGGCAAGGUUACCCCGCCUUCACUCAGCUCGACCAGGCUGCUCGCGGACGAGUUCCCAACGCCCAUGCUCAGGCUCUGCGCGAACGCUACGAAGGGGGAGGCGGGCUCCGGGUAUGCGCGGUCAGAGGAGAAGGGGAUCGGAGUACCGCUGUGGCCGUUCGCGGGGGAGAUGGGGUUCACGCAGGGGAAGGACGGGGCCCACUCGACGAUCCCGCCGUAUGCGACGGGCGGGAACGUCGAUACGCGGCAGACAUCUUCCUGCGUGGUCAACACUGUUUCUGCCGGUGGAGGUCGAGGGCGCGGUGUUCUCUAUCGGGAGACCCCGAUGGAGAUCAUCUUCCGCCUCGCGAUGGAGAGGACAACCGAGUUUACACGACUUCGCCGCACGCCAACGCGGAGUUGGGCGACCGCGCGACUUGCGUUGACUCCGGUUCGCCUACCGUUUUUCGUCUUCCACUGCGCACGACCUCAUCGACGCAUUGCUCAACGUGCCGCGCUCCAGGCCGGGGCGGGCUGCUCUCCUUCGGGCCGCACGCAGUCUCUCGGCCGGUCGCUGUGUGGAGCUCGACCUUCGUCGCGGUGGAUGGACGGCUGGGGGACAAGCACCGUCACGACGACUGACAUCGUGCUCAUCAGUACGUGCGAGACCGCAUUCGCGGCUGGACUCCACAACGUGCACAGCCCUUGUCGAGAGACCGUGGAGACGGACGGCGGUGUCAGUAGUAGAGGACGCACGAUGUCUGUCCUCGCGCAGUUGGGGCAGCGUGCACGGUUUGGAGGUGCUGUCCUUGGGGAUGGCUGGGAAGAACUGAAAUAG